AUGGCCAACGCACCCCACGGAGGCGUCCUCAAGGACCUGCUCGCGCGCGAUGCGCCCAUCGCCGCCCAGCUGCUUCAGGAGUCGGCCAAGCUGCCCGAGAUUGUGCUCUCGGAGCGCCAGCUGUGCGACCUCGAGCUCAUCAUCAACGGCGGCUUCUCGCCGCUCGAGGGCUUCAUGACCAAGCCCGACUACGACGGCUGCCUGGACAAUAUGCGCCUCGCCGACGGCUCCCUCUUCCCCAUGCCCAUCACCCUCGACGUCGACCAGGCCCAGAUCGACGCCCUCGCCCUCGCGCCCGGCGCCCGCGUCACGCUGCGCGACCCGCGCGACGAGAACGCCAUCGCCAUCCUCACCGUCGCCGACCUCUACCCCGUCGACAAGGUGCGCGAGGCCGUCUCCGUCUUUGGCUCCGACGACGUCGCCCACCCGGCCAUCGCCUACCUCCGCAGCAGCGUCAAGCAGUUCUACGUCGGCGGCAACGUCCAGGCCAUCUCGAAGCCCUCGUACUACGACUACGUCGCGCUGCGCUACACGCCCGCCGAGCUGCGCCAGCACUUUGCCAAGAUUGCCUGGCGCAAGGUCGUCGCCUUCCAGACGCGCAACCCCAUGCACCGCGCCCACCGCGAGCUCACCGUCCGCGCCGCCCGCCAGCGCCAGGCCAACGUCCUCAUCCACCCCGUCGUCGGCAUGACCAAGCCCGGCGACGUCGACCAUUACACGCGCGUCCGCGUCUACCAGAGCCUGAUGCCGCGCUACCCCAACGGCAUGGCCACGCUGGCGCUGCUGCCCCUCGCCAUGCGCAUGGGCGGACCGCGCGAGGCGCUGUGGCACGCCAUCAUCCGCAAAAACUUUGGCGUGACCCACUUUAUCGUCGGGCGCGACCACGCCGGCCCGGGCAAGAACUCGCAGGGCGUCGACUUCUACGGGCCCUACGACGCCCAGACGCUCGUCACGCAGCACACGGCCGAGCUGGGCAUCGAGAUGGUGCCGUUCCAGAUGAUGACCUACCUGCCGGGCACCGACGAGUACCAGCCCAUCGACGAGGUGCCCAAGGGCACGCCGACGCUCGACAUCAGCGGCACCGAGCUGCGCCGCCGGCUCAAGACGGGCGCCGCCAUCCCGGACUGGUUCAGCUACGAGUCGGUGGUCAAGACGCUGCGCGAGUCGUACCCGCCCAAGGCGCAGCAGGGCUUCACGCUCUUCCUGACGGGCCUGCACAACUCGGGCAAGGACCAGAUCGCGCGCGCGCUGCAGGUCAAGCUCAACGAACAGGGCGGCCGCUCGGUGUCGCUGCUGCUGGGCGAGACGGUGCGCUCGGAGCUGUCGUCGGAGCUGGGCUUUAGCGCCGAGGACCGCCACAAGAACAUCCAGCGGAUCGGCUUUGUGGCCGCCGAGCUGACGCGCGCCGGCGCGGCCGUGAUUGCGGCGCCGAUCGCGCCCUACGCGCGCUCGCGUGCGGCUGCGCGCGACGUCAUUACCAAGACGGGCGGCGCGGGCAACUACUUCCUCAUCCACGUUGCCACGCCGCUCGAGUUUUGCGAGGCGACGGACCGCAAGGGGAGCUACGCGCGGGCGCGCGCCGGCGAGAUCAAGGGCUUCACGGGCGUCGACGACGUCUACGAGGCGCCCACCGACGCCGACCUGGUGGUCGACAUUUCGACGCAGAGCGUGGCCGAGAUUACCCACUCGAUUGUGCUCCUGCUCGAGGCCCAGGGCCUCAUCUGA